AAUGUACUCAUUUCCUGUCGGUUCUCCAAAGCGACUGCGGAUAUGAGGACCUGGCUUCCGGUAAAGCCUCCUUUCCGGCAGCGGCUAUUUCCUCGCCAACAUGCCACUCGCAAAAGACUUGCUGCACCCAACUCCCGAGGAGGAAAAGAGGAGGCACAAGAAGAAGCGUCUCGUUCAGAGUCCCAACUCUUACUUCAUGGACGUGAAAUGUCCAGGAUGCUAUAAGAUCACAACUGUCUUCAGCCAUGCACAGACCGUUGUGUUGUGUGUAGGCUGCUCGACAGUCCUAUGCCAACCCACUGGAGGCAAAGCACGUCUCACAGAGGGAUGCUCAUUCAGGAGGAAGCAGCACUAGGUGCUUUCACUGUCGCUGAGUGAGAGAGGUGGCGUUGGAGCGGUUAAUGUCAGCGUCUUCUGCACCAACAUGGCAGGCGGUACUUCAUUCAAGACCAAACAAAUCGAUCGUCAUUCAGGAUCAGCCUGGCUGAACUGACUGGGCAAUACAGGAUUUCACUGUGCUCAUUGGGAGAUCAGUUUAUGCUGUACAUGGACUUCCAACUCUGUCUCUCUUAAUAAAAAAUAUUGUUUUGACUAAAGAAAA